UCUCUACUCCAAAGGCCGUGUGCUCGGAUACAAACGUGCAAAAUCCAAUCAAUCACCAAAUACAACUUUAAUUAGAAUCGAGGGUGUUUCGACAAAAGAGGAAUCACAAUUCUACCUCGGAAAACAUAUCGCUUAUGUGUAUCGAGCAAAGCGAGAGAAAAAUGGGAGUAAGAUUCGAGUUAUUUGGGGUCGAGUGACACGACCUCAUGGAAAUGCCGGCGUCGUGAAAGCCAAAUUCCGAAAAAAUCUACCGCCAAAGAGUUUUGGAGCUAGUGUGCGAAUUAUGCUGUAUCCGUCACGAAUUUAA